GUCAGCAGACCUGUCCUUAAUUAAGAAGAGGAAACUUCUCUCAUAGGAUUCUCUUGCAUGUCCAGUGGAGCUGACAGGAAGGUCAAGUGGAAGCUGACCAUAAAAAUAAAUCUGCUUGGUAGGAUCUGAAGGAACAAGAGCAAGAAGUCCUGCCGGCCAGAUCUGUCUUAUCUCCUCUGGUACUAGCAAGCUCACAGGUCCAUCCUUCCAGCGAUCACACCUUUACGGGCUUCUCUCUAGCCAUCCUAGAGGACUGAAGAGGGGCAGAAUCUCACUUCCAGCAGCACUGUUGAAAAAAGAAGAAAAAAUGUCAGUGCUGUCACCUGAAAUCGAAUUUGAGACUCGUGCUGUCGCCAGGAGUUCCCUUGGCAGUUGUUUUUUUUUUGAGAGUAGCUGGAGGAAGGCAGCUUUAAAAACACAGAAAAUGAAGAAAGAAUACACCACAACAUUUGGCUUAGAAGAGUUCAAAGAAUCUGUCAAAAUACCACAUUUACCAAAAUUGCAAAGUUGCAAAAAAAGUGUAAAUUCAACUUCACUAGAGGGUCAGAAAAGGCUGCAGCAUGCUGACUCGGUGAUGUCUUCUAUCAGGAUAAAGAUAAAUAAGGAGCCAUGCACUGUGGUACCUCUUCAGGAGAAAUCAAAAGGUUCUGGUUUCAGCAAUCCUCUCUUUGGAGCACCAUCUCAGUACUUAGAGAGACUUUCUGAAAUGGCCAUAUUGGAACAUGAUACAAUCCGGCAAGAAAUAAACAGGAAAUCAAAAAAGGGCAAGAAACAAGGGCUACAAGACUGCUGAUCUGUCUGUCAGUGUGAUGCUCUUUUUAAACUGAGUUUUAAGGUUUAUAUAUAUUUUUUCUUUUCCCUUUUUUUGGGGGGGUAUAAUGUGCAAUGAUUUACAUAAAUGUGGAAAUGUAAAUAGAAAAUAUAUAUUUUAUGUUAUAAGUGAAAUACUUUAUUGCUUACAUCUACAAAAGACAUGUAAAUCAUGGUUUAUGAGGACAUAGACAUGAGAAAAAUUAAACUUCAUUAAUUUUA